UUUAAAAAGCUAGAUUUGGGCAUCCAAAAAGGACCCAAAGGGCUUGGUUUUUGUGGGUGGGAGAGAGAGUCCCCCUUGAUGUGGGUUGAUUCUAAAAACAGAGCUCUCAUCAACUUCUAGAGAUAGAGAGAAAAAAAAAUGGCACUUGAAGCUGUGGUCUUUCAACAAGACCUGUUUGGUUAUAAUGGCAAAGAUCUUUACAGCUUGUUUGGGGGGAACUGGAGCUGUGAAUUUGGCCUUGAAAAGGAGGAUGAGAAAAGUUGCUGCUUUGACACUCUUGAGAGCCAAACAGAAACAAGCCAUCAUUAUGAGAAUUGGAAUUCUCCUUCUCAACCUCCUCCUCCUUCAAUAGUGCCUCACUUGAACGAGUGGCACCAUCACAAUUCAUCCCCAGAAGGCCUAAUCCCAAAACAAGUUCCGGAAUUUGAUUCCACUCUUCCGACCGCCACAUCAUCUUCCUCUCGCCCCAAGAGACGCCGAUCCAAGAGCAAAAAGAACCAAGAAGAAAUCGAAAACCAGAGAAUGACUCACAUUGCAGUCGAGCGCAACCGCCGCAAGCAGAUGAAUGAGUAUCUCUCCGUCCUCCGCUCAUUGAUGCCUGAAUCCUAUGUUCAAAGGGGUGAUCAAGCGUCUAUCAUAGGAGGUGCGAUCAACUUUGUCAAGGAGCUUGAGCAGCGCCUGCAGUGGCUCGGUGGUCAGAAAGAGAAGGAAAAUGGCGAGGCUGGAAGUUCCGCACCCUUCUCUGAAUUCUUCACUUUUCCACAGUACUCAACAAGCUCAACUGUGAGUGAUAACUCGGUGUCCAUGGCGGAUACUGUGGGUGGAAACCAGGCGGUCAUUGCUGACAUUGAAGUGACCAUGGUGGAGAGCCAUGCCAACCUGAAAAUAAGGUCGAGAAGGCGGCCGAAGCAGCUGCUGAGAAUGGUGUCCGGAUUGCAAUCCCUGCACCUCACAAUCCUCCACCUCAAUGUCACAACCAUUGAUCAAACUGUGCUUUAUUCUCUCAGUGUGAAGGUAGAAGAUGACUGCAAGCUGACUUCAGUAGAUGAUAUUGCCACUGCUGUGUAUCAGAUGCUAGGUAGGAUUCAAGAAGAGGCUAUGAUAAAUUGACAAACCCUCUAAUUCUCCACUGUAAUUCCUGCUUUUCCUUUUUUUCUUUUCUUUUUUUACCUUCAUUUAUGUGGGUAUUUUUCUCUCAAUCUCUUUUUGAUUAGGAAUCUUUUGUAUCUGACAUUGUUUAUUGCACCCAAUGUUUCUUUCUUUCAUAUCAGUUGAGGACUGUUUCUCUA